UUCAUCUGCGAUGGAUUGAACUGUCUCAAGCUUCAAAGCCCACAAAUCUUAUGAGCACAGAACAGGAACCACAGGAUCAAAGGAGGAACCAUUUAAAGCUGUCCUGUUGCACAUUUGGGAAAUCAAAUCUUCCCACUCUUUCACAAGGUUGCUGCAUUUCAGCCAUAUGAUUUCUGGCCUGGUUUUCUCUUUUAAGCUGGAGCAUGGCAGCUGCAUAAGAUGGAUGGACCACUGAGACGGUUUUUUUGGGGAAGGUUCAGAGAUGGCAAGAAUCCAGCCCUCGCGUGGAUGUACGUGUGCAGAAAGCACUGUAGAGUUCAGACGGAUUGGUCACUUCUGGUAAGACCGUCCUGCCAUAUGAGCAGAUGAUCAUUGAAAAUGGAUGUCACGUGAUUGGCACAAAGGUUCUGCUGUCCUAUUCUCAAGUGUACGAAGAAAGAGAGCAUGUGUAUGGGGUAGGUAACUUCUGUGCAAGGCAACACCCGAACCUUGUCAGUCAAAUUGGUUGCAGAAGAAUCAACCCUCUGGGCUCUGGCUGUUUUACUGCUGAGAUCAGCUCCCUUAUUUCCAUGUCCGUGCUGAGAUCCCCCCGGCCUGUCUGUUUCUGUCCUUUGGAAAAUCUUGGAAGUAGGCACUAAUGUAAUGUGCAAUCACCACCAUCCAGAUUCCAGAUUCCAGGGUCGCUCUCAAAACUCAAAAGGCACGCACCCAGUGAGUGUGACCCAGUCACCCAGCCCAAGUACCCGCGGAACAAGAGUCCUCCAAAAUCCAUGUGGCUGACUGUGACGGGUAGCCAGGUGUAGCUCCAUUCCAAGUAGCCUCCUCCUGGAAAUAGUACCCGUGAAGACCCAGGGAUACAAGAUCCAGCAGGCCAAAGAGGGAAAGACCAAUCUUCUCGAGCCGAAGUACCAAAGCAUAUCAAAAGAAAGGAACAAGGAAAAACAAACAAAAUAGGGGGAGGGUCCGUAUCAUAUCGGGUGCCGAAAAACACAGGGAAAAACGCCUUGGAACGGAGAAAAGCAAGGGUCACGGUGAAGUCAAGCAACAGUCUCUUCGGCUGCAUGAGUGUUCCCUCGAGCAACAAUGAGAGAUGGAAGCAACACCACCAAGAAGAGCAAGUUGUCAUGGUCCAAGAGCUUGGUGAGGAAGUGGUUCAACAUCAGGAGCAAGGCCCAUGACUUCCAUGCUGACGAUGUACCCGCGAUUGGUAGGACAGUUGCGGGAGGGGGCGAUGAUGAGUGGAGGAGGGGCAGCAGCUUCACCCGUAGGGAGCCUAGCACAGUAAAGAAGAGCAAGACAGAGAGGUCCUCGAGGAGGAGCAAUGGGCACUCGAGGCGGGGAAAGAUCGACCUUGAUGCCGCCGAAGCUACAGUGACAUUGGACUAUAGUAGGAUAUUUGUUGCUACAUGGAAUGUGGCUGGCCGUUCCCCGCCAAAUAACAUGAGCCUUGAGGACUGGCUCCAUGCUGCACCUCCUGCUGACAUCUAUGUCCUCGGGUUUCAAGAAAUCGUUCCACUCAAUGCUGGGAACGUUCUUGGGACAGAGGACAAUGUCCCAGCAAAGAGGUGGGUGUCACUGGUCAGGAGGACACUGAACAAUUUGCCAGGUACUAGUGGCAAUGGGAGCUUCCGGACACCAUCUCCGGCUCCUAACCCUGUGGUGGAGAUCGAUGAUGAUUUUGAGGGUUUGUCAUCGAGGCAGAACAAUGCGACAUUCUUUCAUCGUCGGUCUUUCCAGGCUGGGCUUAGUCGGAGUUUGAGAAUGGAGGGUGACAUUCUUGCUCCUCAGCCAAGGCUGGAACGUCGGUACAGUGUCUGUGACCGAGCAAUCUAUGGUCGUAGGCCUAGCGACUAUGAGAACAACUACCGAUGGGGUGGAUCAUCAGAUGACGAGAAUAAUACUGGAGAGUCUCCGAGUACUGUGUAUUCACCAAUGUCAUAUGGAUACGGCAAUGCAUCAUCUCUGGAAGAUAGUCAGAGACGAGCUGGUCAAACUAGAUACUGUCUGGUGGCAAGCAAGCAAAUGGUGGGAUUGUUUCUGAUGAUUUGGGCUCGGAAAGACAUAAGAGAUGACAUAAGAAAUCUGAAAGUUUCUUGUGUUGGGAGAGGACUGAUGGGCUACCUUGGGAAUAAGGGUUCAAUUUCGAUUAGCAUGUCAUUGCACCAAACAAGCUUCUGCUUCGUCUGCAGCCACCUGACUUCAGGACAGAAGGAAGGUGAUGAGCUGCGGAGGAACUCCGAUGUGCUGGAAAUCCUCAGAAAGACCAGGUUUCCAAUGGUCUAUGGGCAGUAUGAGCAUUCACCAGAAACAAUCUUAGAGCAUGAUCGAAUCAUCUGGCUCGGGGACCUAAAUUACCGAAUCGCACUUUCCUAUCGGUCAGUGAAGGCCCUUGUCGAGAUGCGCAAUUGGAAAGCCUUGCUAGAGAAAGAUCAGCUAAGGAUCGAGCAAAGAGGUGGAAGAGUAUUUGUUGGGUGGAGUGAGGGGAAUAUAUAUUUCCCACCAACAUACAAGUACUCAAACAAUUCUGACAAGUAUGCUGGAGAUGACAUGAACCAGAAGGAAAAGAGGAGAACCCCGGCAUGGUGCGACCGUAUUUUAUGGUACGGAAGAGGCCUUGGUCAACUGUCAUACGUACGAGGUGAAUCUCGCUUUUCGGACCAUAGACCAGUCUACAGCGUCUUCAGUGCUGAAGUGGAAUCAAUCAAUCAUAGCCGGAUCCAAAAGAUGAGUUGCUCAAGUUCUCAACUGGACAUUGAAGAACUGUUGCCUUACUCAUAUGGAUACACUGACAUCAACCCAUAUGGAUACGACCUAAACUUCUACUGAAAGAGUUGAGGAUUUCAGUCUUCAGCAUCCUUUGAAUGCUGAAUCCAGUAAAUAGUGAUGAAAAGAUUAUAUUUUUCAUGAAAGAUCCAAAAUUUGUUGGACCAAAGCUUCAGCUUGUGAUAGCCGACCUGCGCAUUGUACAUCUUCACAAGUGCUAGGAUACAUAAUAGGCAAGAUUUAACUACUCGAGAUAAGCCAAGGGCCAUGUUCUGUGAACUCUGAACAAAGUUACAUGCUGCAACGAGGGCGUGGUUCACUGACUUCGAAGAGAAUAAGCAACAAGAUGGCCACUUACAGAGCAAACGGUUCGUUUUUUGGGGCAGCCAGUACGAUAUUCAAUCAUAAGCCCAGGAGACUUUGGUCACAGCAAAGAUCCUACUGGUAGCAACGGCAAGCGUGCGUCAGAUAUUUUUUUCCUUUUUACCUGUACAUUGAAGGGCAACGUUUGCAGACAGUAACGACAAGCAGCCCUUUGUAUAGUUUAGUCUUCUGUGGUUAUCUGUUGAAAAAAAGGCCCAUGAAGCCUGCAUUGCUCGUAUCAUUUCCAUGGAUGGAAAAGGGAUGUGUAGGCCAUGAUUGCCAUGUUUUUUGGUUUUAUGAGCAUCGUCUGAAUCAGUUGAGCUGACAAAAAGGCUACCUGUCACAUUUUCACCGGCCGUCGUCGCUCUGCAGGAAAAUGUGUGUUCUUCCCCUCUUUUCACUGUACCUGGCUGGGGCUAGGUGAAAAAAAACCUGCUGCUGGAACCUGCAGACUUGCAGAGACAUCUGUGAUAUACUUUUCUGUUUGCGUUGCAAGUGCUGAAUUGCAAGCGCACGCCGUGAUGAGGUCUAGCAAGGAAUGAUUUUGGCUAGCAGUUGGUGUGCACUGCAUGAUGGUCAGAUUGAGUGCACCCUGAACCUACAUCAGUGCUGCAGACCGUUCCCAUUGGACCUUGCAUGGAGUAGUGUGGUUCAGUCUGGCAUCGGCUGUUGGACUGCAGAGGGAGUGAGGGUCUCAAAUUUUAGCAGACAUGCACUUGCUAUAUAUUACUGUUGAGCUACUGAAGAUGUAAUCAUUUUUAUAUUAAUAGAUAUUGUGCUACUGAA